UUGCACACAGAAAGUGAAAGAAAUGGGGCAUGCUAAAGCUCUUUUGGGUGUCUUUAUUCUCCUUGUUUUGGUCAUUGUAUCACAUGGACAACCUCUUGUGCCUGCACUCAUCAUAUUUGGAGACUCUACCAAUGAUGUGGGAAACAACAACAAGCUAUCCACUAUAGUGAAGGCAGAUUUCCCACCCUAUGGUAGGGAUUUUUCCAACCAUUCAGCUACUGGAAGGUUCUGCAACGGAAAACUGGCCACUGAUUUCACUGCUGAGAAUCUUGGAUUCACAUCAUAUCCACCAGCUUAUCUGGGGCCCAAAGCCAAAGGAAAAAACCUCUUGAUUGGUGCUAACUUCGCUUCCGCAGCUUCAGGCUAUUAUGAUAAGACUGCAGCGUUAUGGCAUACCAUUUCGUUGACCCAGCAACUGGAGUACUACAAGCAGUACCAGUUAAAGGUAGUGAAGAUUGUAGGCACAUCCAACGCAUCCUCCAUCUUCUCAGGUGCGGUCUAUCUAGUGAGUGCUGGGAGCAGUGAUUUCAUUCAAAACUAUUACAUCAACCCUCUCCUCUACAAAUUCUACACCGUUGAUCAGUUCUCCGACAUCCUCAUCCAUUCAUUCUCCUCAUUCGUUCAGAAAUUGUAUCGGCUCGGAGCAAGGAAGAUCGGUGUGACUUCAUUGCCGCCGCUUGGAUGCUUGCCGGCUACCAUUACAUUGUUUGGGUUGGAUAGCAAUGUGUGUGUGAAAAAAUUGAACAGAGAUGCAGUGUCCUUCAACAAGAAACUAAAUGCGUCGGCUAUCGGGUUGCAGAAGAGGCUAUCUAAUCUCACCAUUGUUGUUUUUGAUGUCUAUAAUCCUCUCUUAGACAUCAUCAAGAAACCUUCUGACAGUGGGUUGUUCGAGGCAAGGAAAGCAUGCUGCGGGACGGGUGUAGUAGAGACUUCGAUUUUGUGCAAUAAAGAGUCGCCAGGGACAUGUGCAAAUGCCACUGAGUACGUGUUUUGGGACAGCGUUCAUCCUUCUGAGGCUGUUAACAAGAUCCUUUCUGAUGACCUUUUGAUUCAGGGCAUCUCUCUCAUCUCCUGAGCCAUGAAACCUCUCUCUCUCUCUCUCUCUCUCUCUCUCUCUCUCUCUCUCUCUCUCUCUCCUCUGCUUUGAGUCCUUUUAAUGUUUGGUAUUUGGUAGUCUUAUAAUGUGAUGUGUACCUUGCCAAUGUGAUCUUUAAUUUAAAUAUUAGUCAAGAAUAUUUAUAUAAAUGAAUGCAUAUUAUUUAUAUUGAUG